AUGCGGCUCUCUCCCUGCGCCUUGGUGCUCUUGGGGCUCCUGGGGGUCCUGUGCCAUGGCGGCGCGUCAGGUCUUCUUGAGCUCUCCUUGGGAAAAUUCAGGAACGUGCUACUUAACCAGACCAAUCCAGUGGAAGCUGUAAUCAGGAACAUUGCAAGCAAUGUGACUGUCAUUAUUUUUCAAGUACAUGCUCAGAAAAGCGAUGUGGUGAUAUCCUUUGAUAAGAAUCCAUCUGUGAACAGUUCAGGAACUGGAGUAGACAAAGGACUGGUUUCCAUCCUUCGACCCCAACAGAGCGUAUGUACAUGGUACCUUCGAUCACUGGAUGCUAGCCAGGUGCUCAGCACAGCUAUUUCUAUUCCGUAUAUGGAGAAAGAUCCUAUUCCUGGAGGCUGCAAUCUCGAAUUUGACUUGGAAGUGGAUCCGAAUAUUUACCUGGACUAUACAUUGGUUGAUAUACACAUCAAGUUUGCCCCUGCAAACUUGGGAUAUACCAGAGGAGCAAGCCCGCCGUCCUGUGAUUCAGGGACUGGUCAGAACUCCAGAUGGCGACUGCGCUAUGAUGUGUACCAGUACUUCUUACCAGAGAAUGAACUUUCUGAGAUGGUACUCAUGAGCCACAUACGGAAGAUGUCUGAGGUGCGAAGUAUCAAAGCUAACGGCAUUAAAAUGCUUACCCUGACAACUGAUGACAAGACCAAUGUUUACUUUUCCUCACUUCCUGGACAAGGUGUGAUCUACAAUGUCAUAGUAUGGGAUCCUCUUUGGAAUACAUCUGCUGCAUACAUACCUGUGCAUACAUAUGCCUGCAGCUUUGCUGACCUGGUGGAUAACUGCUCUUCUCUCAGCAAACUCUCUACCAAAGUAUUCUUCACUGCUUUUGCUGUGCUUGGUCUUUUCACUUGCUUUUUUGGACACAGAUUCUGGAAAACAGACUUAUUCUUCAUGGGCUUCAUAUUCACAGGAUUCUUCUUCUUUGUAUUCAUUACAAGGGUAACUGGCCUUGGUUAUGAUGUGCGUCUUCUUUUGACAGCAGUGGCUGGAAUUAUUGGAGGGUUUUUCCUGGUUGCAAGCUGGUGGAGAUUUGGCUCUGUCCUACUUUGUAUGUUUAUUAUUGGACUUGUGCUGGGAUUUCUCUUUUCAUCGACAGUUGUCUUCACUCCACUAGGAGACUACAGAGUCUUUCGUGAUGAUGUUGUGUUCUGGGUGACUUUUUCUUCUGUAGCCUUGAUGAUUCCAGUGCUUUUUGUUGGCUGUCCAAGAAUUCUAAACAUACUGGCCUGUGGAAUAGUAGGCUCUUAUGCAGUGAUCCUAGCUAUUGCUUGUUAUGUCUACACAAGUCUUGCUUAUAUCACAUUGGAUAUACUCCGAAGGAUUCUCAAUGAUUACUUCAGCAGAGCUUACACCAAUGUACCUUUUCAAACAAAUGACUUCAUUAUCCUGUCAGUGUGGGCAAUGCUAGCCCUCAGUGGAGUAACUGUGCAGCUUCGCCGAGAGAGAAGUGAAGUGCCCUUCCCACCGCACCCCUAUCUCACCUGGAAGCGGGAAAGGGAGCGCAGAAGCACUAAUGUGUUGGACCCUAGCCAUCAUAUCCCUCCCCUAAGAGAGAGGAUCCAUAACAAGCUACUGCAUAUCAAAGAAUUUUUUCAGAAAGAGCAACCGGCUGGGGAAAGAACUCCAUUGCUUCUAUAG